UUCCUGCUCUCCUCUCCCCUCGCCCUCACGACGCACUCCUCUCGCCCGCGCGACCCACUCGCCGCCUGCUCCCCUCUUCCCCAUCGAGCAGAGAACAGACGCCGCCGGCGUCUCCUCGCCACCGGCGCCUUCUCCUCGAGUACGCUCGCGCCGCCACUCGUCUACUCCACUGUUGCUGCCCCCCUUUUCUCCAUCAAGCAGACGGAGAACAGUCGGCGGCGGCGUAUCCUCACCGCCGGCGCCGCUUCCUCGACCACGCUCUCGCCGUCACGCGUCACCUCCGCUGUUGCUGCCCUUCUAGAGAGACUCGGUCAUGUCCUCCUAGAUUCGUCUCUUUGCUCCUCUUACACUCAAUCCUAGGCGCACUACCGGCGCCCACCUCUUCUCUGCUGCAUCACCGUUUCUGAUCUACUCGUCCUACCGGAGGUGGAUUCUUCGAGCGUAUUCUAUUUCCUCAUUCGCGAAAUUAAAUCGUGUACACUUCCUGAAUCCAUUUUUACCCCGGAAGAAGUGAAAUCUAAAAUUUUGACUGUGAAAUAGAGCUAAAUAUAGUCUGCUGGAUCCAUCAUUCUUUGAUUCUUAGCCAUGCCAUCUUUUCCCCAAGUUUCUUCACCUCAGGAUAAUCAGCACCUGCUCGCCAACGAGGAUCAUAGGCACCAGCAUCUUCUAGCCAGGAGGCAGUCGAUUCUACUGCAUAGGAAGUCAUUGCCUAUAGCUUCAGUUGAGCGCCGGCUUGUGGAAGAAGUUAGAAAAAAUGAUACUUUGAUAAUCGUUGGGGAAACAGGAAGCGGGAAGACUACACAGCUACCACAGUUUUUGUUCAAUGGUGGAUUUUGUCGCGAUGGGAAAACCAUUGGCAUUAGUCAACCUCGACGAGUUGCUGCUGUUACAGUUGCAAAACGAGUAGCUGAAGAAUGUAGUGUCAAGCUAGGUCAAAUGGUUGGUUAUUCUAUUAGAUUUGAGGAUGUCACAUCCAGCUCCACAAGGAUUAAGUACAUGACAGAUGGUUUGCUUCUUAGGGAAGCACAGCUGGAUCCCUUUCUGUCUAGAUAUAGUGUCAUCAUUAUUGAUGAAGCUCAUGAAAGAACAGUGCACACAGACGUGCUGCUUGGGUUGAUGAAGAAAGUGCAACUUGCACGGUCUCAUGCUACUAAUAAGGAGAACAACUUGAGCAAGGAAGCUGGUGAUGGCCUAGCAAAGUCUGGCAACUUCUCCCUUAUGCCAUGUCAAAUUGCAAAACUUACUUCCUUGAAGUUGAUAAUUAUGUCUGCCAGUUUGGAUGCACGGUGCUUCUCUGAGUACUUCUGUGGUGCGAAAGCUGUUCACAUUCAUGGGCGCCAAUACCCUGUAGAAAUACUUUAUACUUAUCAACCUGAGCCAGAUUACCUCGAUGCUACCCUAAUUACCAUUUUUCAGAUACAUUUGGAGGAGACUGCUGGAGAUAUUCUUGCAUUUUUAACUGGGCAAGAUGAGAUUGAAUCGGUUGAAAGGCUCAUCAAUGAACGCAUCAAGCAACUGCCUGAUAGCAGUCAAAAUCUUCUGGUUGUCCCUAUUUAUGCAUCACUCCCCUCAGAGCAACAAAUGAAUGCCUUUAAGCCUGCUCCUUCUGGUUUUCGAAAGGUUAUUCUAGCAACAAAUAUUGCAGAAACUUCUGUAACUAUUCCUGGUAUUAAGUAUGUUAUAGAUGCUGGGUUGGUCAAAGCUCGUUCUUACAAUCCAGUGACUGGUAUGGAGUCAUUGAUUAUCAUUCCUACCUCGAAAGCACAGGCUCUACAAAGAAGUGGUCGUGCCGGACGAGAAGGGCCUGGAAAGUGCUUUCGAUUGUACCCUGAGAGUGAGUUUGGUAAACUUGCAGAUACUACUGUUCCUGAGAUCAAAAGAUGCAACCUCUCCAAUGUUGUUUUGCAGCUAAAAGCCCUUGGUAUUGAUGAUAUCAUUGGGUUUGAUUUCAUGGAAAAACCUUCUAGGAUGACUAUAGUGAAAUCUUUGGAACAGUUGUUCCUACUUGGGGCUUUGACUGACGACUACAAGCUCUCAAGUCCAGUUGGACAUCAGAUGGCAAAGCUGCCCUUGGAUCCUAUGUAUUCAAAGGCACUUAUCUUGGCUGCCGAGUUUAAAUGCCUGGAAGAAAUGUUAAUAGUUGUCGCUAUGCUCUCAGUGGAGUCCAUAUUUUACUUUCCACGAGAAAAAUUGGAAGAGGCAAGAGCUGCCCGAAAGAGUUUUUCAAGCCCUGAAGGGGACCACAUAACUAUGUUGAAUGUGUACCGCACAUCUGCGGAAAGCUUGGAGAGGAACAAAUUUGCAAAUGUCAAAGAGAAAACAUUGGAGAAAAAGUUAAAUAAAUGGUGCAGGGAGAACUUCAUCAAUUAUCGGUCUCUUCGACACGCACGGGACAUUCACAGUCAAAUUGAAGGUCAUAUCCAGCAGAUGGGUUUUCCUGCAUCAUCAUGCGGCAACGAUACACUUCAGUUCCGCAGAUGCCUUACUGCUUCGUUCUUCCUUAAUGCCGCGAUGAAGCAACCAGACGGAUCAUAUAGAGCUUUAGCAAGUGGUCAGACCGUGCAGGUGCAUCCUUCUUCAAUGUUGUUCCGCACAAAGGCGGAUUGUAUCAUCUACAACGAACUAGUCCGAACGAAUCAAAAUUACAUUCGUAAUGUGACUCGAGUGGACCCAUUGUGGUUGCCGGAGCUAGCUCCGCAGUACUUUGCCGCCAACAGCUAGUUCUUCUCUUUGGUUCCACUGCUGAUCUCUGUAGUAUGUAUCCAGAUUAUUUAUAGUGAAGCUUUUAUCGUAAAGACGGUAUCAUUUACUUUAUCUGGGACUCAUUAUCAUUCCCAGCAAGUCAUGUUUGCCGAAACUAUUCUUCAACAACUGAUCAUCUUGAGUACUUUGUAUAUUUCAGAAACAUUUUACUUGUAUACAAGUAAGAAAGCUUUGAAUCCUAGCUACUCUUCUUUUGUAAUAACUUUAUUGUUGCAAAUGCAAUUGAAGGCACAACUUGGGAA